AUGUCGUGUAAACGUACAAGACAGUAUGAUAGUUCACAAUCUCCUGAAAAAAAGCGACUAGCCGAUGAGAGGACUGCAAGAACUGUUUCUGAAUUUUAUGAACGAGAAGAUCGUGAAGCAUUAUCCAUGAAUAUGACCUCUAUUAUGAACUUAUUUCUUGAGCAAUCAAAGCAGUUCAAACAAGAGCUGGUUGACGUCUUCUCUAUUUCGAAUCAAGUAUCGUCAAAGUCACAGUGCCUUGGAGGAUCACUGAUCUCACGAUUUAUAUCCCUACGACGUUUGAAUCGCUUUGCACAAUAUCAUAAUCGACAACUUCGUGAGUCGGUAAAUCGAGAACGUGCGAUUGUGGAAGGACGGUUUUUACAGCUGCAAAAUAUCAGAAGCGAAAUUGAGCAUUUGCAAAGAGAAAUCAGUCGGUGCUUUGAUUUUAGAUCGGCUGAUGAGGAUAUUGAAAUGAUACCAAUAGAAGAAUUCUAUGCACGUGCACCGGCAGUUAUUUCGCAGGAAGAAAUUACACGACACGACAAACACCGACAGCAUCUUGCAAGACUUAAUUGGGAGAUGGAAGAACGCAAAAAUUUACUUGGAACUUUGCAAGAACGGGAAGGACGUAAAAACGUAUUAAUUACUGACAUUACAACGAAAGAACAUCGUCUUAAAUCUCUUAAACCUCGUAUUGAAGCUCUGAUUGAGGCAUCAAAACCUGUCCAAGAAUUGAUGGGAUUAACAUGCAACCCUAUAAAUACUGAGAAGGAACGUAUUUUGUCUUUAUUACCUCCGGAACUUUCUGUGAUUGCUAUACUUGUUGAGGCUUAUUGUGAUAUCGUUGAGGAACCUGGAAUACUGCUAAAAUGCAAAGGUGACUAUGAAAGUGCUGUCAAGUUUUUAGAAAAUCGGCAGCAAGAGUUUGAAAUAACUGAAAGAAUGGAUGGUGGUAAUAGGGAAGAUAAUCUUAGUCUACGUGAAUCACUAUCUCUUAAUGACGGACGACGUAUGACAAUGAAAGAAGUUAUUGCGGCACGAAAAGAUUUUGUUAUUGCUCCUCAUCCAGUUCAUAUUGAAGUAGAGAUUACUUGUCAAGACCAGAUGUGCGUUAUACUUGUACUGCAGUUCAUUCCUGGUCUGCAUGCAGUGGGGACAAUUGUUAAAUUCACUGGAGCACCAGCUUCAGUUUACAAAGAUUUGUUCUUUGGUCAGUCUCUUCUCGAUCUCUUAUUCGAUGAAGAUGAAAACAAAUGCAUUAGUAAUGCGGGGAAGGUCAAACUUGAUCUUCUAGAAAUUUCAGUAGCAGAUUUAGAAAAUAAGACUGGUCGAUUAUAUGGUUUUAUCCAGGAAAUAGCUGGUUUAAGUGAAGUUGCAGCGAAUAAUUCUCAGUUGUGUGAAGUUAUGCAUUCAGUUCUAGUGAGAAUUAGAUCACGUGUGGAUUCAAGAUGCGCUUUAGCUAAAAUAACUCACUCAUUGCGUGCUUUGAUCUUCCUUGAUAAGCAUGAAGGUUUUUAUAAGACAGAAGCUAAUGGUGUGUUUUUUGUAAUAGUUAUUCAAGUUAAUAAGAUUAUAGAUAACUUAAAAUUAUUCGAGGAAUUGAAAAGUCGAGAAUCUUUCCCAGAUGUUGUUUGUUCGGAGCUUACAGAUUUUCGAAUGAUUACAGCUGAGCAGUUUUUUGAGAAUGAGGCAGUAACGAAUGAUUAUCGAAAACUUAUAGAAUCCGAGGGAGGAAUGAAUACCACUAAGCAUUUUUAUUUUUCCGCAACAGUUGAAAGAAACCCAGAUGCCAAACUUCAUGCUUUAAUAUUUGUUCAUGUCAGAUAUCCGAAUGUUAAGCCAAUAUAUAUUUUAAGCUGCUCACUGGAUUUCAGUAGCGAACUUACUCAAUUGGAACGAGUUCUGAAUGCGGAUUUUAGCACUUUCGUGUCGUGUAAUAAUUUGAAUUAUAUUUUGGAGUUUCAAAUGGCAUUCUUGGUCUCUCGUUUUGAUGUUUUUCUUGAAUCUUCCAGUAAUGCUACUAAUGGCUCACAGUUCACACGUGAGCACCUCCUCGUUCAUCCAUAUAGAGGUCGUGACCACCAACUGCCUCUUUAUUAUAAGAAAGAUAUGAACGCCUUCACAUUUGUUCCAUAA